UUCAAAAUAAACAAUAGUGACCCAAUAAUAUUUUGACGGCUGUCAAAAUUUGAGUGUUUUGUUUCUUGUUUUUUUAUACACUUCGAAAUGGGUCACUGCUCUAAAAAAUCCAAUGCCCCCUUCGGGGUGGCGACAAAACGGUUUAAUAAGAUCGGUUUUCAUCCUGAGCUCGAUGUUACUGGAGCCAUGAAGAAAGAAAUAACUAAAGCUGGGCCUGGUUCUUACAAUCCCGAGCGUGUGACGUGUAAAGGAAAGCAUGGCGUUAAUUGGAAGACAAAGUUAGAGGUUGAGGAAUUUUCAAAAAAUUUGGGAUACAGGAACGCGAAUCUUUUGUACGAGCGAGAAUUUUAUAAGUCGCUUAGAGGACCAGGCGCCAACGAUGUAAAUGAGGAGUAUUAUAAAAAGUCUAACCAUUCCGUUCUUUCGAAUACUGGUCUUGGAACUGGUGACAGGUUUCGCAGUGAUUGUGAUGACGCCCCUCCCCCAG